UAUGUUGUAGUUUCUGUUUGUUGUUGUUUGAAGAAUAGGGGUGUACAAUAAUUAGUUUAUGUCACCACUUUAGGAAUCUUAACUCUAAUAAUUUUCUUCUUACAUGCAUAAUUACACAUAAGCUGUGCGGGAGAAGUUGUCUUUUGAGCGAACAUAAUUAAUCACCUUUUCUAUUCUCAUUUACUUAUUUCUGUUAAUAUUUAUUAAUUUUACAUGGCUCUAUAUACCGCUGAUUGGACACCUUUGGGGAAAAAUGUAUAUUACAGGAAAAUUGAACUUUAUGCUAUGCAGUGGGAAGAUCAAGUGAAUUUGUCAGACUUUAUUAUUGCUGCAGCCCCAUUUGGUGGUCCAAUCGCUCUGACCCAGGAUCGAAAGAAGCUUCAAAAAGUUCAGUUUGUGAACAAGUCAAAUAUUUACAUCUUCUCAGCUUCAGGUCAAGCUAUAUCUACGAUUAAAUGGAACAGUGGACCAUUAGUGCAUAUGGGCUGGUCUUCAAGUGAAGACCUUGUUUGUGUUUUAGAAGAUGGCAGUGUGUUGCUGUAUGAUUUGUUUGGAAACUUAACGAAGACUACUAGUAUGGGUCAAGAUGUUAAAGAUACAAAAGUUUUAGAAUGCCGCAUUUUUAAUAGCCCUAAGUUUUAUACUGGAAUUGCUGUAUUAACCGGAGCUUUCAACAUCUUCCUUGUGAAUAAUAUUAAAGAUCCAAGACUAAGAAAACUGGCAUCUGUACCAGGUCUUGAUGCUCCUCCCAGUAGUUGGGCAGUUAUACCAGAGGAGAGAAACACCAAAGUUCUUGUUGCUAAAGAUGCAAAUCUUUAUGUAUUGUCUCAAAAUGAAGGGAAAUGUGUUCAAAUUUUUCCAAAGUUCAACAAUCCAAUCAAUGCCAUUACAGAGAUAACUGUUUCUUGUAACAGUCAGCAUAUUGCUUUGUUCUCAGAUAAUGGAGCACUGUGGAUGGGAUCUGCUUCGCUUGAAAAAAAGUAUUGUGAAUUUGAAACUCAAAGUAAAGCUCGGCCUCAACAGUUGGUGUGGUGUGGCAAUGGUGCAGUGGUAGGAAUAUGGCAAGUUGAAGUAGAAAACAUAAUGCUUGUUAUAGGUCCAGAGAAAGACUUUAUGAAUGAUAUCUUUUACACGCCUGUGCAUUUAGUUCCAGAAAUUGACGGUGUUCGAAUAAUCAGUAACACAUCACAUGAGUUAUUGCAAAAAGUUCCAGAGGCUGUAGCUGAUGUAUUCCGAAUAGGUUCUUUGUCUCCCAGUGCCAUACUUUUAGAAGCAUCUAAUGAAUUUCGACGUCGUAGUCACAAAGCUGAUGAGUAUAUAAGAAUGAUUCGUGAAAAAAAUGAAUUAGAGGAAGCUGUCCAGUGUUGUUUAAAGGCUGCAGGCCAUGAAUUUCAACCUUCCACUCAGAAAAUGCUACUUCGAGCUGCAUCAUUUGGGAAAAAUUUCAUUCCAGAUAUGAAUCCUGAACCUUUUGUUCAAAUGUGUCAAACACUUAGAGUUCUGAAUGCAGUCAGAGUAAAUGUUAUAGGACUGCCUAUAACUUACACACAACUUGAAUUUUUAACUAUACCUGUCUUACUUGAUCGCCUUGUUCUAAGGCGACACUAUGCUUAUGCUAUUUGCAUUUGUCAGUAUCUAAAGAUACCAGAUACAGAAGGAGCCAGUCGUAUACUUGAUCAUUGGGCUUGUUAUAAAGUUAAACGUACAAACUUAGACCCUGAACAGACAGCUCGAGAUAUAGCAGAAAAGUUAGGAACUACUCCUGGUAUUUCAUAUGCUGAAAUUUCUAAUAAAGCGAUGGAUUAUGGUCAUCCAUCAUUAGCUGUUAAACUGUUAGAUUAUGAAACUCGGGCAUCAGAACAAGUACCACUUUUGAUAAAAUUGAAGCAAGAAACACAAGCCAUGGUGAAAGCUAUUGACAGUGGAGACACAGAUUUGAUUUAUUCUGUGAUUCGCUAUUUGAAGACAACUCUUUCUAAAGGAGACUUUCAUAUGAAAAUUCGACAAUUCCCGGUGGCACAUAAUCUUUAUUUGAAGUUAUGCAAAGAACAAGAUUUGGAACUUCUGAGAGAGAAUUACUUCCAAGAAAGUGAUUUUAAUACUGAAGGUCAUUGCUAUGUUAUUGAAAGCUAUCAGACGCAGAGAAUUGAGAGGCAUACUAGUGCUUUACAAGAAGCAUUAAAUUCAUACAAGAAAGCAAAGAAUGAUUUUGGAACUCAGAUUACGGAAGAACAGUUGAAAUUGUUGAAAUAUCAGAACACCUAUGAGGAAAAGUUUCAUGAAAGCUUUAAACAUUUGUCGUUGCACCAGACAAUGAAGCAACUCCUGAUUCACAGGGAAUUCAAGCAUGCUGAAGAAUUAAGAAAAGAAUUUAAAGUUCCAGAUCGAAGGUUUUGGUGGUUACAAAUAACAGUAUUAGCAGAUGGUGGCGACUGGUUGGAAUUAGAAAAAUUUUCUCGUUCAAAAAAAUCGCCUAUUGGUUAUGAGCCUUUUGUAGAUGCAUGUGUAAAACAUGAUAAUGUUUAUGAAGCAAAGAAAUAUUUAUCUAAAGUAAAAGAAGAAAACAAAGUAAAAUAUUAUAUAAAAGCAGGCUUACUUGAAGAUGCUGCGAAGAUUGCAUUUGAAAGGAAGGACAUAGCUGCUUUGAACCAAAUUCAAAGUCUCUGUGGAGUAAUGGACAGGACAAUUUCAGAUAAAAUAAUGAAUUGGAAAUCACAACUCUCAUCAAAGAGAUAAAGAUAAGGCUAUUAUUUAGUAUGAAAGUUGAGCUUAUUAAUUAAUGUCAGUGAUUUGAUUUUUAUUUAUGUAAAGUAGAUGAAUAAGAUGCUAAAGAUUCUUUAAUUACAUAAAGUUUGUAUAA